UUUGCUUCCCGGGGUUUCCAGACCACUGCUUCCUGCUUGAAGAACCAAGCAGCCCGCGUCCGCGUGGGGAAAGGGGACAAGCCGGUGACUUACGAAGAAGUCCACCCUCCGCACUAUAUUGCGCACCGCAAGGGAUGGCUUUCCCAGAACACCAGCCACCUUAAUGGAGAGCUGGGGGCGGCAGAGCGGGCCGUGGAGGAUGUCUUCAUCCGCAAGUUCAUUCACGGCACUUUCCAUGGCUGCCUGGCCAACGAGAUUGUGCUGAAGCGGCGUGCCAACACCCUGAUCAUCUGCGCCAUCUUCCUGCAGAGGCUGCCCCCGUCCAAGUUCUACUUCCUGAUAGGCUACACAGAAACACUGCUAUCCUUCCUCUACAAGUGUCCUGUCAAGAUGGAAGUGCAGACAGUGCCCGAGAAGGUGGUCUACAAGUACAUCUAGUCCCUGUCAUGGGAGCCUGGCCCUGGUCUGUCAGGGGGUCUCCAGAGCAGGGCUGGGGGCUUCUUGCUCCCUCCCCAUGGGCCUGGCAGGACUGGAAAUGGGGGCCCUGUUUGGUCUUGGUCAUUUCCUGAGGAGGAUGCCCACAAGCAGAGACUCAGAGAACCUUGGUUGCUGCUGUGAAAGCCAUUGGGGUUCCAGGAUGCUGCUCAUAAAAAAAAAAAUUAGCUGCUUUUCGCAGUUUCCUAUUUGUGUGUGCCUCUUGUUUCCUUUCUCCUUUUUUUUGUACACCUUUAUUUGGAAAUUUCUGGCAAAAGCUACUGACUUGAUUCACCCUUGAGGAUGGGCAAACACACCAAGCUGCUGCCUCCUCCUUUGCACCCCUGUUACAGCUUGAAAGUGGAAUCUGCUGCACUUCAGGGGAGGAAAGAGGAGAAGAACCCACAGGGCAGAAGCCACGUUGUGGGCCGCAUUGCGAUUCAGGGGGCAAUGCUUGUGUACGG